AGGAUGAUAAGUACUGGUCGAGGAGGAAGAAGAACAACGUGCCGGCGAAGCGCUCUCGUGACGCUCGCCGUCUGAAGGAGAACCAGAUCACGGUGCGAGCCUCCUUCCUGGAGCGGGAGAAUUCGGCGUUGAGACAGCAGGUGGCCGAGAUGAGGAAGGACUGCGGCCGCUGUAAGAACAUCCUGGCCCGUUACGAGGCGAAGUACGGCCCGCUGUAAGAACCGCGACCUCCGUAAGAAAUGACGAAUCAACGAGAAGCUGAACUCCGCCCCCGCAGAAUUCAACACCGAUACAAACAUGAAGGGAUCUCAAUUUGAAGUGAAGCUCCAGUCACUGAGUCUCUGAUACACACUGCAGGCAGUGAGGCAUCAUGGGAGCUGUAGUCACAGGGAGGCCUGUGGAGAGCGCCUGGCUCCUCCACUCAGAGGAGAGAGAGAGAGAGAGGACACACGGUCCGUCUGAGGACCAAUCACAGACAGUCAGGACACAGAGCAGUCUGAACUAUCGACCAAUCAUCAGUUUGUUUCAGUGCAACACUCUUCUUCUUCUUCUUCUUCUUCUUCAAGGACCAAAGCAAGAGUCAGACAAACGUCCUGUUUUUAGAAAGGUGCACUUUGGCCCUCCCUCACCUGUCCUCAUGUUGCACUUAUCCUCAUGUCUGUAUUUACAAUAACCUGUGGGAGGAGGAGGAGGAGGAGGAGGAGGAGGAGACAGUUCUUCCUUGUUGUGACACAUGCACUCCUCUGCACACACACACACACACACACACACACACACACACACACACACACACACACACACACACACACACACACACACACACACAGUCUGUAUAUACAGUCUGCCCCCUGCAGCACAAACGAGUGUGUGCAUCACUGAGCGGUCCCAACACACAGACUACAGGUGAGACAGGUACCUGACAAACAUGCAUGACCUUCAGAGUGAAGCUGCUGGGACUUUUUACUGACCUCAGAUCAGCUUCUCAACACACACACACACACACACACACACACAUUUAAAGAGACAUGUCUGUUCCUUACAGAGGAGGUGAAACUACAGCAGAGACAGGGAGUUGUAGUUUUUAGAGAGUUAGUGUUGAAGGUAAAUGUGUGAUGACCUGCGGGGCCCUCAUAGGUGGAGGGGUACGUUCAUAUGUAGGGAUGUUUAUUUUACUGCACACUGCAGGUAGGGGGCGCUCCAGCCCCUGCCUGUCUGCUCUCAGUGUAGUGACGGCUGGAUUGAUUUUUGAACGAGUAGCCCAAAGUGGACUGCUUUGUAAAUAAGUGAUGGUCUCAUAGAGACCCAGUCUUUGUUAUUAACCCAAUACUAUUCCUUCUAUCUGCCAAAUAGUCAAUGAGUGCUGUAUUUAUUCUGAUGGUAAUAAAGCAUCUGUUGAUUGUUCAUCCAUACGUCUCCUUUAAGGAUCAAUAGUGAAACCAGUGCAGGGAUUAAAGGGUUAACUGUGCUUCUGGACCUUUCUUUUCUCCAUCUCUACAAUCUCCUGUAUGUGUGUGAGACACACACAGCUCACAGUGAUUUACCUCAUCCAACACUUCCACUGGAGACGCUUUAGGAGGACGCCGCUGAGACAGACUGUUACGGGACUCAAAACUAAAGAGAGAACAUCCGAGUGGCAAUAAUCCUGUGUAAUGUACCGCCUGUUAACUUUCAGUGAUCGUGUCUGUAAACUGAAUAUGAUGUAACAUAAAAAGUCUUUGUGCUUCCACUUUGGAUCGUCUGUACGUCACGAUCCUGAUGCAUGAGCCCUCACAGUCGACGGUUUCUCAUCUGACACCAAGUGUACUUAGUGUGUGUGUGUGUGUGUGUGUGAGUGUGUGUGUGUGAGAGAGACGCUGGGUGCUGUGCAGGCAGAGAGCUGUCUUGCUCUACAGCGCCCCCUGUCUGUGUGUGAGUGAGUUUGAUCCGGACUCUGUUUCCUGAUGACUUCUCUGAUAUUUGGUUUCAUGACGGAGAUGUUUAACGGACUUUAAAACACUUUCUCUGUGCAGGUGACAUUCUGACAUGUCAUUGGCUGCAUUAUUCAGUUUUGAUGAAUGCAAACCUCCGGGUUGUUUUUUUAAGACGUGUGGCUUCACAGACACGCGGAUGAAUAUUGUGAAUAUUUCUGCAUACACCAUGUAGCAAACUUUGUUUGAGUGGUUUUGAUGUGGAGCUCUGAAUAAAAACAUCUUUCAUGAA